ACUGUAAGUAAGUAUAUCAAUACAGAUAUCUCUCGUUGGUAUUAUUUUCUUGAGGAUUUCUUUAGGGGCCUCAUCGGUUUUGCUCAUGCCCGGGGUCGUGACAACAAAUCGAGAUAAUUCUUUCAAAAGUACACACAUCUUCGGUUCGAGCAGGCCUAUAGACGGUACUUAUAUAGAUCUCAUCACCAAUAUGCCCAAAGAUCCUCUUCUCAAAGGUCUAGGAGAUGUCUUGGGGGAGAUUUCUCUAGACUCCAUCCAGCCUAGAGAUGACCUUGCUACCACAAAGGUCGAUCUAGCGACAUUAACGUCGUACAAUCUACUACCAAAGUACCGAAGAACAAUCAUUGUGCCUGGUGGGUAGAUCAAUAUUCCUUCUGUAUAAUAACGCUCAUCAUGUCAAGGCUCCCCUUCCAUCUGGAAGCCCCCAAUUACACCAAGCAGUAUCAAGCCAGAUUCAAGAGUAUCGCCGAUGGACCCGAAUCGACAUGUGUUCCUUAAAUGUCCUCUCGAGCCGCUCUUCAGAGCCUUUAUCUCUCACACAAC